UGCCGCGAACGGCAGUAACAUUUGCAUCAACAACAAUGCCAUGAACCCGGGUGGAAACCCCAACAACGUGGGCAUCCCCAAACACAGCACGGUAGUGGAGAGGCUACGGCAGAGGAUAGAGGGGUGCAGGCGGCACCACGUCAACUGUGAGAACCGUUACCAGCAAGCCCACGCCGAGCAGCUGGAGAUUGAACGGAGGGAGACGGUGAGUCUGUACCAGCGGAGCUUGGAGCAGAGGGCCAAGAAAUGUGCCAACAGCAAGCAUCAGAGUAAACAGCAAGACCCCGAGUCGGCGUCUUCCACGGAGCAGAGGAACAACACACUUAUAGCGCUCCAGGAGACAGUGAAGAGGAAACUGGACAGCGCACGCUCGCCCCUCAAUGGUGACCAGAAUGGGAUCUGCGACGGGAGCUAUUCCCCGACCACCAAAAGAUUACGAAAAGACGGAUCAGGAUUGGGCGGACUGGACUCUCUCACGGGCCUCCCCAACAACGUCCCCCCAUUUCCCCGAGUCGCUGGGAACGCCAACAACCCUAGCGUAAACAACAACAACGUCAAUGUCAACAACUGUAACUCCGGUCCCGGCAGCAAUGGUAGCCAUGGCAACCACGCUGGCAGCGGCUUGGGCUCAGGUCGCCCGGGUGAUGUCAAGCUCAACGGCGAUCUCCCCAACAUCAAGCUCAACGGUUCCUUAGACCUCGAGGACGGCUUCGGACUCCUCAAAGACCUCAAACAGGAGCCGCUCGACGACGGGGGAGGGAUUGAGUCGUCGGAUACGUCCUUGUCCAAUCAGAACAAGCUGUUUUCGGACAUCAACCUGAAUGACCAGGAGUGGCAGGAGCUGAUAGAUGAGCUGGCCAAUACGGUGCCGGAGGACGACAUGCAGGACCUCUUCAAUGAAGACUUUGAGGAGAAGAAGGAGGCAGAGUUUACCAGGCCGGCCAAUCAGACCCCGGUACCGCAGGACCCGCCUCCUAUGGGCACAGUGGCUCAUCAACCGACGAACCAAGCGCAGGGGGCGUCACAAGUCCCCAUGGGUUCCCCACAGGUCCGGCCGUCAUCUUCGGGCCCUCAGUUUGCCACCGCCGCCAACGGAACACCGCCCCAGCAGCCUUUGCAGCAGUCCCCACAGGUCGCCAUGGCCUCAGGCUCCCCUCUCCCCAACUGUGUGGCCCGGUCGCCACAGACACCCACCCAGGCCCAGACGCAGUCCGGACCCAGACCAGGGAACGGAUUUAUGAUGAACACAGGCCAAGGUGUGGGCCAGGCAGCCCCCUACGCCUCUGGUCCUUUCAACCAACAGGACAAGCCCAACAGCCCAAUGAUGUACCCACCUCAAGCCUUCAACCCUGGCCCACAGGGCCCCCUGGUGGCUGGGAUGACCUCAAGCAACGGCCCCAAAGCUCCCAUGAACAACUACCUCCCUCAGAACCCCCACAACCACAUGGGCAUGAUAAGUCAACAACAACAGACAAACAACAUGGGCGCCCAACAGAACACCCUCUCUAAACAACAACAACAGCAACUACAACAGCAGCACACGGCAGCCAUGUUGUCCUACAACAACACCAAGCCGCUGAGUCACUUCAGCACCAUGGGGGUCGAUCACAUGGGGCAGAGGAUGACCCCGCCCAUGGGGUCACAGGUCAAGAACCCCAUGAUGCCCCCAUACAUGCAGCAGGGAGGGGUACAGGGGGCGGGGCCGGGUCAGACCCAGGGACCAAUCCCGGGCCAGACGGCUCACCUCAGCGAGGAGCAGAAGAGGAUGCUGCUGAUGAAGCAGAAGGUGCUGAACCAGAGCAUGCCCUACAGCGCCAUGCAGCCCCAUGGACAGGAACAAGGUGUGGUGGGAAUGUCUCGGCAGCCCGGUGCCGUCCCUCCCCCUCACCCUGCCGGGGGUGUGGCCUCGGGCACGGGGCCCAAUCAGGGCGCAGGGGCCCCUCCCGGUUACCUGGGCAACCAGCAGCAGGCGGCCAUGAUGAAACAGAUGAUGGUGAUGGAGCAGGAGAAGAGAGUUCAGCUCCACAUGAUGGAACAACAGAAACAACAGCUACUGAGAGAACAGAGACAGCAGCAACAACAGCUAUUACUGGCUGAACAGCUCCAGCAGCAGCAGCAGCAGCAUCUCCCCAGACAGAUGGUCCAGGGUCAGAGAAACCCCUAUCCACAGGUCAACCAGUAUCAAGGAACGCCCCAGGAGAUGGCGGUGAGGAGCCAGGCUCUCCAGAACAUCCGCGCCACCCGCCUCCUCCAACAACAACAACAACAACAACAGAACCAGCAGAUGGUCCAGAUGAACCAGGGCAUCCCAGGGGGCUCGGUGGGUCCACAACCCGACAUGGGCCUCCCCUACGGCGGGCAGGGAGCCGGCCAGCAGUCCCUCUACAGCCUCAACCCCUCCAUGAGCCAAAUGAUGCAGCAGCAGCACCAACAGAACCAAAGCGUCCAGGCCUCCAUGGGUCUUCCACCAGGACACAACCCAGCGGCGCAGGCCCAGAGGCAGGCAGGAGGAGGGGUUGGAGGUGGAGGAGGAUACGGAGGACCACAGGGGAUGAUGAUGAACUCAAUGUCCCAGCAGCCCCUCAAGGGCCCGCCCAAAGCCCAGGCCCAGAGGUUGCAGGGCAUGCUGGGAAUUGGAGGAGGAGGACCACAGGGAGGGAUGGGAGGGUGGCCACCCCAGCAGGGGCAGUCCCUCCAGGGGAUGGGAGGGCCAGGAGGGGUAGGAGGACCAGGCAGGACUACAGGUGAUAUGGUGGGCUUUGGCUCGGCCCAGGGGGGCUACGGCUCCAUGCAGCCUGGACCGGGACAACAGCCUCCACACCCACGCCUGGCCAAGCAACACUUCCCUGGGCACCCACAGGGACACCCCCACCCCCAGGCUAUGGGUCAGGGCCAGCCCAUGGACCCCAGGGCUAUGAACCCUGCGGCGGGCAUGGCCGGGCCCAUGAUUGCCCCUCACAUGGCUGGACCAGGACAGCCCAGGACCAACCAGCCCAGACCCAUGGUAAUGCCGGGACAGGGGGUGAUGGGCCAGGGCGUGCCCAACAUGGGGGCGUUUGGACAGGGGCCGGCGAUGGGGGUGGGCCCUGGAGGUGGGGGUGGAGGAGGGUAUGUGGGACAAGGAGGGGUAGGGGUCGGAGGUCAGCCUCAGGGCUACCAGAGGACGUCUAGUCAGGACCUGUCAUCUUAUGGAUACGGGGGCGGGCAGGUGGCGCCGUCGGGCGGGGGGUUCGGAUUGGCCGACGGGACAGGGGCGGACUUGGACUCAAGUGACGGUUGGAUGGAAGAGUUCUUCCCCAACCAAUAGCAGAGCUGGAAAUGUACUGGGGAGUUUUUACUGGAGGGACUAACGACAAACUGCGUGGGGGAAACUUUAUUGAGACGAGAGAACUGGACAGACAAACGGACAGUCGCCAUAUUUUGUUUUGUAAAGCAUGAACGGACAAGAAGAAGAGUUCUGUGUCGUGCAUUUAGUGUGUGUGUGUGUGUGUGUGUGUGUGUGUGUGUGUGUGUGUGUGUGUGUGUGUGUGUGUGUGUGUGUGUGUGUGAGUGUGUGUAUGGUAAACGUGGUCUGGUGGUUGUGAAAUAUCAUUCAAGAAAGGGAAGUGAAUUUGGUUUUGUUGUCCUUUUGGGCCAUGUUUUAAACCCAACCCUUUAGCAGUGUGUCAACUGGGCCGAUAGGUUAAGACAGGAGAGACAGGAGACUGACUACAAGACAGGAGAGACAGGAGACUGACUACAAGACAGGAGAGACAGGAGACUGACUACAAGACAGGAGAGACAGGAGACUGACUACAAGACAGGAGAGACAGGAGACUGACUACAAGACAGGA